AAUCUGAGUUUUAUGUGGAUAACCCGUUUGGACAGUCGGCUACUCCGAGAACAGCGAGGAGACUUGCUGAAGCGGCCUGGGAGGUAUACUUCGGAUACUGCAUAACCGGAGACCUUUUCAGGCAAAGGAGGGGAGUGCGAGGGAAAGAGGGGAGCCCCGGAGAGGGCAACAGCGAGCUGCGGGAGGGUCCUGGCUGUGAAAGAUGAAUAAAAACCACCGAGCGUCGAGCAGCCGAACUCUGAGCGCCGUGGAGGUGAAGAGCAAGUUUGGUGCAGAAUUUCGUCGGUUCUCCCUUGACCGGGCAAAACCAGGUCGGUUUGAUGAGUUCUAUGGUCUGCUGCAACAUGUGCACCGCAUUCCAAACGUGGACCUGCUCGUGGGGUAUGCAGAUGUCCACGGGGACCUGCUUCCCAUCAACAAUGAUGACAACUACCACAAGGCCAUCUCUACCGCCAACCCUCUUCUGCGGCUCUUCCUUCAGAGAAAAGAAGAGGCUGACUACUCGGCAUUUGGCACUGAUUAUAUGACCCGAAAGAAAACCGUUCUGUCUGCUGUGCUGCUACGACCAGACAACCACCGCAAGAAGCCACCAGUGAUCAUCAGCCUACCCCGGGAUUUCCGGCCCGUCUCCUCCAUCAUUGACGUGGACAUUUUGCCGGAGACCCACCGGCGUGUGCGGCUCUACAAGCACGGCCAGGAGAAGCCCCUGGGUUUCUACAUCCGUGACGGGUUCAGCGUGCGUGUCUCACCACAGGGCUUAGAGAAAGCCCCUGGUAUCUUCAUCUCUCGCAUGGUACCGGGAGGCCUGGCCGAGAGCACGGGCCUGCUGGCUGUCAAUGAUGAGGUGCUGGAGGUCAACGGCAUCGAGGUGUCUGGCAAGUCGCUGGACCAAGUGACGGACAUGAUGAUCGCCAAUAGCCACAACCUGAUCAUUACAGUGAAACCGGCCAAUCAGCGGAACAACGUGGUGCGCAAUAGUGGGGCCUCGGGCAGCUCGGGCCGCUCCUCCGAUAGUGGGGCCAGCCAGCACAGCUGUGCCGCUCUUGGGGCCACCUCUGUUACGCAUAUCAUCCAGAACUUCCGGCCCGAGGACCUAGAGAGCGACGACGAGGACCUGGUAGUUGAGGCUGGUGGUGAGGCCCAGCCCAUACCCCUCUCGGCCUCAACUGGACGCGACGUGCCCUCACUGCCUCACUACGAGCUGCACCUGGGCCUGCAGCCCUCAGGCAGCAGCUCCCUGGGCAUCCUGGACAUCAAGCAGAGAACGCCACAGUGCCGCAGCCUGGAGGAGGACGGGACCAUCAUCACGUUGUAGGGUCAUCCGCCGGUGCUCCUUUCCAAAAACACGUGCCAUAGGACAGAGCACUACUACUUCCUUCAUAGCACUCUGACCAGGCAAAUGGGGCGAAGGAAGUUGUGAGUCAUUCUGUAAUGGGGGCGCUACUCAUGCUUUGAGACUGGAGACAACUACAAACAUUUUUAGACUUUUAGUGACUGUCUUUACCCCUGUGCAUUACUUUUACAGGACAACCACCUGAUUAUGGUAGGCAAAAAUUGUGAGUUAAUAGUCCCUUAGCUCCUCCCCUGACCACCCAAAUGUUCCCUCAGUAAAUAAGAGCAAAGCUUACAAUAUUAGUAGUAAAGUUAGGAAAGCUCUGAAUUUAAUAUUAAACUGGAGGCUUGAUGCCACAAUUUCCUUCUCUAACAAAUUCAGUCAUUAAUUUUUAAUGACAUUUAAUCUUGGACUUAGUUCCAUAAGAAACUUUUACAGUGCAACUAAUUUGUUUACCAACAAGGAUGCUUGAGCCUUUGCCUGUUCUUGUGAUGAUUGAAUCGGAACACAAGUUUAUUACAUCUCCAUGGUUAUAUUGGUAUUAUUUCAGCUAGUUUUAAUUCAGUUUUUGUUCUUUCUAACCGAAAGAGAAGAGCCACUUUUCCACCUGAUAGGAGAGAUCAUAGGCUAAUGUUGUGAAGUUUUAUUGUUUUCAUAUCAAGAGAAACAACAAUCAGUCCCCCCCUUCCUGCUGAUGAAAGGCAAACCAUUCUGCCUGGUUACCUGAAAAGCUGCAUAUGAAUGCUGGAAACUGGUUUACUUUGUCUAAUUGUCAUAUAAGUGUGGGUAGGAAUGGUCUUUAUUGUAUAUUUUUGUAAAAUGCAAUAUUAUGGAGCAAGACCACAUUCAUAGGUUUCCUAAAGAUAAGGACCCCCCCCCACCCCCAAUCCUGCUUGGUGAUCUUCACCUCUGAGUUUGGCUAACCCUAACCCUCACUUCCAUUCCUGCACAUGGACACAUUUUUAGAGAAUUAUACUGAUUGGUAAGGUCUGGACACUUGAUGAACAUUUUCUUUACACUAAACUGAUAAAACCAGUAAGUAAAACUUACUACUAGAGCACUCUCCUGGAGCAUAAGAUAUUCUUGAGGCAAAGACUUCCUGUCUGUGACAGACUGCUGUACUUGGUAAAAUAUAAAUUUUACACCGUAAGAAUUCCUGUAUCCACCUCCUAUAUCCCUUUACAGCUUAUCUGAAGGAACUUUGUACUGGCAUCAGCAGAAGUUGUAAUUUUGUUUUUUUGUCUUAUAAGUUUAUACUGCAUAUUAUUGUUUUGGUGCUCUGUUCUCAGAUGUUUGAUGCAAAACUUUUACCUUGUUAUUUGUGUAAAACUAAUUUGACAUAGCAAAUCUACAUUUUGCAGUUGCUCUAAUUUGUUGAGACAAACCCCUGAAUUGUCUGAUAAAACCAGGUAUGUCUUCAUAAUAGACUAAACAAAGGGCCAAUAUUUUUUUAUUCCUUUUAAUUUAUAUGGUGAAUCAAAAUUUCUAAUUUGUUCCCAAAACAACUCAAAAUUAUGCUCUUUCUCUGCAUAAUAUAAUAUUAUGUAAUGGAAUAUGAAAUUUACCCCCAAAAUUUAAGGAUGAUAAUAGAAUAAUAGAUCAGUGAUAGAUUUUUGAAGCUUAGCGAUAAUCAUUAAUGCAGAGUGCUUUUCCCAGUUGUACUUAAACGUUUGUGCUACCAGUAUUCUCAGUUUAUACACUUUAAUGAAAAAUGUCAUUUAGCUAGUGUUUGGGUGUGAUAAAAUCGACAUCUAUAGCAUUAUUUAUAUUUCCGAAAGCUGUGUAGAUUUUCAAAUUUGUCUGUAAAUAAAUUGACCAUAAAAGUGAGGACUGUGAAUGAAACCCUGCUUAGGUCCUCAAAACAUUUAUAUAGUGGAAUGAGGCCGUUAUUCUUACUAAAGAAAUGGGUAUCAGACUUAAAGGCCCAGAAUAUAUGAGAGUCUCCCUUUCAGAUCUCAGACCUCAGUGCAGUGGGUAUUACUCUGAUUAUCCUCAGUCUGUUUAUUCAGCCUUACCUCUGAGGUGGGUGGUUCUUUAGAGGGAAAGGGGGAUACCUGUAUACUCUGGGGUGACUGAGGAACACACAAGCAUGUUAAUGAGUGCUGAAUUAUACUAGUCAUUGUGUAAUACCUCAUUUGCAACUACAUUCCGAAUUGUACGCUUAGAUCACAAGAUGCAGGUCUUCUAUCCAUACCCAGAAUAAAGAACAUUACUUUUGGGGGAAGAGGAUUUGCUCAUAAAGCACCACAUUUAUGGAAUAAACUUCCUAUUAGUGUUCGGAACUCAGACACUCUCUCUACUUUUAAGUCAAGGAUUAAGACUUACCUCUUUAGCCAGUCUUUUGGAUAGUAAAAUCCCCUUUUCUAAGGUAAAUGGGAAAUCUGGAGGUUCAUGGUCAUUUGAGAUUAAAGGUGAAAGGGGGAAUUGGUGCUGUCGUCCUGCCACUCUCACCGAUCACGUAAGCUGUGGACGGCAGGUUGGCUUGACGCCAAAACCUCUGGAAACCCUCAUGUCUGUGCUUCUUGCCAGGUCUCUCUUUUAACCAGGCUGUCAUAGUUACUUUAGUCCUGCCAGAGGUUAGGUUAGGUGUAGGGCAAUAACUCUUCUGCAUCUUCUCAUUUCUGAGCUGAUCCCGAGCUGACACUACACCGUGUGAACCCUCACCUGGACUCCUGGAGAUAACUACAUGAAACCAACUGGGACUUUAAAACUAUAUGAAAUCAGUGAUUAAGAAACACUGUUAUUCUCAAAGAAUUAAUAAUUAUUCAUACUCUCCUAUGAAUGUAAUACCAUUAUUUUCUCUCAUUUUAUAACAUUUGUAACAUACCACCAUUGUUAGUUGUACAACUUUAUUUUCAUAUGAUGCAUAGUCAUACUCCUAUAGAUAGACACAUUUCACCUGUCAAGGUGACUCUGGUUAAUGGUGUAUCUGAAAUCAGAAAUACUAUGAGAAUAGAAUGAAUUGUACAUUUACAAAAUACUUGUUUUGAACUGUGAAUUGUCCUGUAUUACUAGGAGUCCUCUUUUGGUGAAUAUAUUAAAAAUGGGCUUUUAGUUUUUUAUUGCUUUUUAAAAUUUUUGCUUGGCAUAUAAAUCUAAGGUAUAGAUUUGUACUGGAUGUCAGUAUUUUCUUAUCAAAACACUAUGUUGUACAUUUUUAUCACGUUUUAAUGAAAAUCAAAAUAUAUCUAGAUGCAGAUGUUUAAUUGUCAAUCCUAUGAGAUGAACAAUAAACUAAUAAUCAAAA